UAGAUAGAACUUUAUUGUUUAUGCAGUGAACCACUAUGACAUUCACGUACAGAAUACUAUGAAGGCUUAGCCCACUAGCAAAAACGGUAAACUAUUUUAAAUAUCAUCUCACAGCACAGAAAAAAUAUAUGAAACCAGCAACGAUUUACUGUAUUUUAUAAAGAAUUCCAAAUGCUACGUAACAAAAACCAUUAAGCUUCACACUUUGUAUUUUGUUAAAAAGUGUAAUACACUGUAAUUACACACCAAAACAAUUUUAUAAUUAAUUAAAUAUUUAUAAUUAUAUCAACUUGCCUCCCAUCAAUACUGCCCUCAAUUGAGAGAAACUUUUUACACACGCGGUAUAUACGAGCAUCAUUAGGCCUGAGGAAUUUCUUCCAUCGGAACAUGAGUACAAAAAUACGCAGAAAGAGGAAAAACAAGAAUAUUUAUUUUAAUAUAUAUUUUAUUGCAAACGAAUGACAAAAGAAAAGUGCAAGUUAUGAAUAAAAUUGCAUCUCUACUAGGCUUCUCCUUGGGUAAGGUAGGUAUGUCCUCUCUUCCUCACUCUCUAGUCUAGCACAGUCUAGCCUAGGCCUAUUUUUGGAUCGUGAUAAUGAUCGUCAUGUGAAUUUAUUUGCUUCUACAUUUUGUGUAGUACUGUCAUUGUUGUAUUAGUACUAUAUUAUUGAUGCUAAGUGUUAGUCACAAUAAAAAUUAAUCCACAUAUCGUAGCUGUACUAGCACAGACCAUUCCAUUUUCCAUAGUCAACAGUAUGCAAUACUGGAUUAAGUCAGGGUAUUGUACAUUCCUGUGGUCCUAUAAGGGAAGUGUCCUGUCCACCUAAAUUUGAUGCAUGACCGGAACCAAGGUAGGGAAUGGAAAGUGACUUAGGGGUGUUAACCAAUAUUAGAAACCAAUAAGAAUUAUAUUUUCUCAUGAUUAAUAAAUAUAAUAAACCGAUGGAAUACGUUAAGACGCGAACAAGGAGGAGUCAUGUCCUUUAAAAGACUCUGAACAGUUUGAUAUAGGAGAGUCAAAAAGAAAUCCAGUCCAGUGAGAGGAGAGCGGUACCUCAGCCCGUGGCUCUGGCCAUUUGGCUAUUCCACCAGACUACUGUACCAACAUAAUGCUACACUAACUUAGAUGGGGCAGAGUCUACACCGUUCAGCUCUGAUCGAACUGACUCUAAAUAGAGAUCCGGUAGGCUGCUGUUCCCAAUCUAAAGUUAAGUUUGGUUUCUGGAGUAUUUUAAUUUUUGCUACAAGUUUCGAGAUUUAUGCUGGAGGAAUACCCAGGCUCAUGUCUGAUCGACAUGGGAUGGUUGAUGGUGUUAUCUCGGAUGGACGUUUUGAUUUCUUGACUGACGGUUGACUUGAAUCGAUUUGCCAUUCCUGCUGAAGUUGGAUUCACUUCUAUAUUGUGAACUUCUUCGCUAUUCUGUCGCUGUUCCUUCGCUAUAGGUGCGUAUCAUCCAACACUAUUAAUAUUAUUGGACAGUUGCUGAAUGGACUAUGCCUAUCGUGUUUUUAGUUGUUAGGUUAGUUUAAGUUCCCGUUUAAAUCCCCCAUUGUAAUACCCCUUUAUUUAAUAAAUACUAUAGUUGUGUUAACAUAGAAAAAAAAAUUUAGUUUUCAUUUAUGUUUGCAUAAGCCUACUAGUCGCGCGUAACUGGAACCCGAGUGGGUUUGCAUGUAUGCUCGAAGUGAAAUAAAAUGUAAAAACAAUUAAAAAAAAAUGGUGUAUAAUCUUUGAAAGUUGACUUGUGGAACACAAAUUUAUUAAACUAUAACAAAAUCAAAUGGAUAUUUUGAUAGCUCUGCUAUCUAUCAACAGAGAGAAAACUUUGGAGAUCUUACACAUACAUAAAAGAAUAAUCUAUAGUAUUAACCAAUCGGAAUCAAGUUAAAGAUACAAUUAGUUGAUUGGACCACAAAAUAUAAGUUCAGUGACAAGUUAAUUAAUGGGUGAAUUAAUUACAAUUAAACCAUGAAAUGAUUAUAUAAGCGAUAGUUUAUUGGCGGUUGAACUAGCUUUAUGCUAAGACUCAAUCGAGUCUGUCUUUUGCUUACCGGUGAAGUGCGCCCUCAGAAGUUACAUCUGCGUAAUAUAAGAAUGGGGAAUCCCCGUCCUCAAAUGACGCCAUUGAAUACUACAGAAAACGAAAUACUAAAGAAAACGAGAUCCUUUAAUUAUUACUGGUUGUCUGCAGUUCCCUAUGACAAUUGGCUGGCUCUACAGGACACAUGAGUGUUGGACAAAGAUACUACUGAUGACAUUUUCAGAAAAUUGUAUUGUAGUAUAAUUAGACCGCAAUGGAGCACAAAGAAACUCUACAAGACUGUCAGAUUUUGGGACGAAAACACGAGAAGUCUAUAAUACUCGAGCAGGUUUGUGAGAGGAGAAUUGGCAUCAUCCAGAUAAGUGGACCACCUAUAAUUGGAAAGAGAACGUUAGCAAGAUUUGUGGCUGCUUCACUGCCUGGCACAACCUACAUUAUCAGUUUGAGUGAUCAGAGCAAUAUGCAGUCAACAAAAGAUUUCAUCAAAGAUGUCCUUUUGAAAGCAAUAGAACUAGAUAAACGUCACAAGCUAGACACAAAUACUAUCAAAGAAUUACUUGGACAUGUAAAUAAUAAGUUUGUCUUUGUUUUUGAGAAUGCCGAGUAUUUCUGCGGGGAUUAUACCUCAGGUGACGUACAGACUGAAUUUCUUGAGACGUGUAAACUACUUGCAGGAUCAAGAAACAUCAUGGUUAUUAUCACUUCUACAUUCCGGUUCCGUUUUUACAAGUGCCAGUUUUUAAAACUGGAAUUGCAACAACUUUCUGAAAAAGCUUGUAAAAGUAUUAUCUUAAAGUCUCUAAAUGGAAUGUCUCGCGAUUCCUUAGAGGAAGUUGUUGGGAUGUGUGCUGGCAUUCCUGGACUUCUUAAUUCUUUCUUAAGUACUUACAGUUAUAGGACCAAUUUGCCAAGGCAUGUGACAACACAUGAUGAAGAAUCUCAAUGCCGUGUAAUGUCAGUUGUUGAAAACCUAUCACAUUCCAACAAGAGUCACUUAGCAACAUUAGCAUAUUUUCCUGGAAGAUUUGGCACCAAAGCUGCAAGGCACUUGCUUGGGGAAAGUAGCGAUGCUCGUGUUAAACAGAUUGCCAUUUUGCCAAUUUAUAGACGAUCACUCAUUGAAAUUGACGGAGAGCAAGACCGGUUCUACUUUCAUUGUUUCAUACAAACAUGUGUUAACAAACACUUAGCUCAUUUACGAGAUACUUCUAUGACCCGAGAACGUUUCUGUGAAUUCUUUGCUGAUAUUGUCCGUAGUCUAACACCGGAGGUGGAUAAAAACCCGGAAAAGAUCUUUCCACUUUUUGCUCAAGAAAUACAGAACAUCGACAAGCUAUUGAUUGAAGCAGCAAACUGUUCUGACAAAACCCGGUACAAAAGGUACAUCCAGCUUGCGUGUGAAGCUGACUACCUGUUGAUUAAUGUUUUACCGAAGCAUUCUGCAGUUAAGUUCUAUGAGGCAUGUGUUAAUUCAAGCAAGAUACAGGGAACACCAUAUGAACAGGGUAUGAUGUUAAUGCAUUAUGGGACAGCUCUUCAAAAUAUAAAAGGGUGUCUUAUACCAGCUCAAUUGCAGUUUCGGAAAGCAAAGUCUCAACUGAAACAACUUGGAGUUAGUGAGGCAUUGGCAAGGCUAUACACGUGCAUUGGGUGGAACUUACAUAUGCAGGCUAAAGAAAGAGAUGCAAUUAAAAAUCUCGAGAAGGCCUCCAGAAUGCAGGACCGACUUCAACUGAAGGUGAACAAGCACGGUGGAUCAACCAUGGCAAGACUGGAAGUGGUUUAUACCUUCAUUGGGGAAUUAGACAAAGCUGAACCAUGUCAUAAGUCCAGUCUGUGUAUCCGUAAACAGCUUUUUGGUGAGCAUCCGGUGAUUGCAGAAACUUACAACAAUUAUGGGCUGUAUUACUUGCAGGUUGGAGGCUGUGAAUCUCAAGCUUCCAAGUAUUUUAGAAUGUCUCUACGUACAAAACAACAUUUUAACAAGGAACCAUCACGUGAUAAGGUCAUCUCAUUAAACAACGUAGCCAUGGAGUAUGCAAAGAGUGGCGACCAUGACCAGGCACUAGAAAUGCUUGAUGAGGCCUACACGAUGCAAUACAAACUUGGUCUGCAUCAUCACGAUACAUCCCUUAUACACAACAACAGAGGGAAAGUGUAUGCAAUGAUGGAGGAUUAUGAAAACUCAGAGAAUAGUUUCACUAUAGCAUUAGAUCUUCGGAAAAAAAUACUUGGUGAGGUGCACACAUCUACAGCCGGUACGCUACAUCAGUUAGGAGAAACACUAUUGAAGGCAGGGAAGAUUCUGCAAGCUUCAGACAGGUUUAAGGAAGCUUAUGUUGUCAGAAAGAAAGUCUUAGCACAGCAACCCCAAAAUAGAGGUGUUGUUGAAUCCUUGGAAAAUCUUUGGCUGGCUUAUGAGAAAUCCGGACAGAAAGAAAACGCAAAGAAAACCCAAGAAUUGUUAAAUCAAGAGUUAGGUCGAUUAUCGACAUUCAAAAAAUGAGUAUUAUUCCUUAUUGCAAAUAAGAAGACAGUUUA